AUGAGGAACCAGUCACUUUUGCAUAUGGGAGGGAAGAUAUUCACAAGGCUUUCUACCAUCAUGUUUCCUGCCUCGGCACAUACGUUAGAUGGCAGAGAUCAAGAAUUCAAUGGUGGUCAGAUUUUUGUGGACAGAGAUGGCGUUUUAUUUAGUUUCAUCUUAGAUUUUUUGAGAAUUCACCAACUUUUAUUACCCACUGAAUUCUCAGAUUAUUUUAGGCUUCAGAGAGAGGCUCUGAACUCUAUACUUUUGUUGAACUUGAAUCAGCACCUGCUGCAGCUGAGACCUGCUGUCUUGGAGGUGCAUUUCCUAAGCUGAAACACUCAAGCUUUUGCAGUGUUUGGCUGUUGCAGCAAAACAGUUGAGAUGCUAACUGGAAGGAUGACAGUGUUUAUAGAGCAACCUGCAGUACCAACCUGAUGUAGUAACUCUUUCCCUCGGAUGACCUUACUGUCACUGCCUCCACAAAGAUCUUACCAUGACCUGGUUUUCCAUUGCGGCUCUGACAGCAUUGCAGAGAACCAAAUGGGAAUCAGGUAUGUUUCUGUAAAACCUGAUAACCGAAAAUUGGUCAGUGGAACAAAUGUCCUUGGCUUACUAAUGGACACUUUGUUAAAAGAAAGUUUUCAUCGGGCCAGUACUAAAACAAUAUCCUCUAAAGACAAAAGUGAAUGCUACAGCUUUGCAAAGAUAAAAAGCCCUGAAAGCCCUUGGCAUGAAUAAAACAAGCCACAGGAACCUGAGAAAAGGAAAUGAAGUUAUUCUCUCCUAAAGAGAAACUGCCAUUUUCUUGUUUGAAAAUCAUGUAUUGCAAGCAUGCAUGUUUAUCAAAUCUGUACUCUGUUCAACUUUUUGUCCUCAUCUACCAUGCCACCUCUGGGCAGCGAGGUGCCAGCCGUACCUAAGCCACAUCACACUGCCUGCUGCUCUCUAGACAACACUGUGGACUUAUUGCUUUGGCACAUGUUCCUUCAACAUUCACUGCCUCUUUCUCUUUUUUCAUAAACAUUUACACAGCUUUCAAAAAUGGCUCUAGAGUCAGACUGCUUAUUUUUAAUUUCUGCUCAUUUAUUAGUUAUGUGAUUUAGACAAGCCACUUAACCUGUCUGUGCUUCAACAGACUCACCUACUAAACAGGGAUACGCAGAUCUCUCUCUCGUAGCACAUAUAGGGAUUAAAGGGUAUAAGCGCUCAGUGUACGGACUGGCACAUGGUACGCACUCAGUAACUGCUCGUGAUGAGGAUGACAAUGAAGACGGGUGAACCACUUUCACCUGCAUCUCUGUGAGACCUUCUUCCUUUCUUAGGCACGUUAAUCAACUUUGUUUUUUCAGUUACUGGGGAUUGAACCCAGGGCCUCACACAUGCUGAGCACAUACUCUAGCACCUAUACCCCCAGCAGCCCUCUGGACAGAAUUAUAUACUGUCAUAAAAACAAGUGUUUCUUGAAUGUAAGCUUCAAAAGGUUUUAAUACUACUAUGUGUAAAGUACUGUGCCAAACACUUGGUGAAAGCAAUAAUACUUUUUUUUACUAAACAGUACCUAAAUUUGGUGAAAAGCUUUAGAAUAGCCUCUACCACCAUUUAAAAUACACAUAUGCUUUGACUUAGCAGUUUCUCUUCAAGGUAUUAUAUAUGUGUCAUUUUAAAUACUUGGGAAAUUGAAGAUAUCAAUAUGUAAUACAACAAGCACUGUUAAUUUCCUACCACUUUG